GAACAUUCACUUGUGCUUUUAUGAUAAAGUCUUACGAAUGGGGGGCGGAGAUCAUUUGAGGUUUCACUGGAAUUUAACGAGCAAUUGUUUGCGAAUUAUUGCACUCUGGCCUCUGUCGGUGGUUGAUAAUUUCAGGGGUAAAAUUGUAGAUUACGGACAUUUAAUUGUUGUGGGGUCAUUAGCAUUGCUUCAGGGGGUUAAUAUGAUGGCAAUGUGUUAUGUCAGCUGUGAGAAUUUUGUGGCUGCGGCUGAGAGCAUCGGACCAAUGAUGUCGUUGUUCAUAGCCUUUGGGAAGAUCUGCAUCUACAGAUACAACAAAUCCUCCCUGAGGAAUUUAUCAAAAAAACUGGAGGUCUGCCUGAACAAUCGAAAUAGUCAAGAAUACAAUUAUCUUCGGAUGUACAUGAAAUACGGAAAUAUCGCGUCAGCAUCUGUUUUCGGUUCGAUAUUCAUUCUAAUCACUGGAUACUUCAGUAUUCCAUUGAUAUUGACAACUCAUGAGCUUCCCUUUAUCGCUUAUUACCCCUGGAACUGGCGUAAUUCAACUCUUGGAUAUGCGGCAUCUUAUUCUCAUCAAGUGAUUUUAACUUCUGUCCUCUCCUGUGCGUGUUCCACAGAAUUCACUUAUGUCUGGUACAUUAGCCACUGCUGUGCAAGACUCAAAGUUGUCCAGGAUAAAUUGAAGAGACUAUCCACUGGAAACCGCACGAAAAAAUGUGGGAAGGAUGUGCAGAGAAUCCUCUCAGGAAUCACUCGUCUUCAUGCCGAUGUUCUCGAUGACGUCAUUCUGAUAAACACAGCCUUCACUUAUAUCGUUCUGCUGUUGUUCCUGGCAGCCGUCAUUGCCAUUUGCUGUGCUGGAUUGACCAUAACUAGUAAAACAACCGAAUCAACAAUUAUACUUCUUUUCCUCGUCCUCGCUGUUUAUUAUGCCCAGCAGUUGCUGUUUUAUUAUCUUCCUGGGGAUCUGCUUGCACGAGAAGCAUUAGCUGUGGGGAAGGCGGCGUAUUCUAGUGGUUGGGAGAUUUUCGAUGUUGAAUGUAAAAAAACAAUUGGACUCAUUUUAUUCAGGAGUAAUUCACCGCCUCGACUGCUAGCUGGGGACUUGAGCCCUUUGUUACUGGAGAAUUACAUGUCCUUUCUGGCAACAACUGCAUCUUAUUUCACCUCGAUUCGAGCAGUGACUGAUAAAAAUUAAUGGAAACCAAACAAGACUUGCUUUUGAUAUUUUUGAAUUUGUGAGGGAUUGGGAAUCGAAUAUAGUGAAUGAUAUUUAAUUAUUGUAUCUUCAACAGUAAAUGAGGAUUAGAUUUUCAAUUAAUUAUCGUAUUAU